AAAAAAAAAAAAAGAGAGAGAGAGAAGGAAAAGUAUGAAAUGAAAUAAAGAAAUUCUGACAGAACAUAGAACUGUUCAAAACACAGCCAAUCCCAAUUCAGAAACUCCAUUUCUCUUUCUCUCUCUUCUUUACUUUCUUUUUCUUUUUUCUUUCCCUCCCUCUCUUUAUUAACAUUGUACUUUUGUGUCAUUCCGCCAUUCUUUUCAGUCCCUCUUCUUUCUUUCCCUCUCUCUAUUUCUGUGUAAGCAGAGAUUUGCAGAAGAGAAUGGACAAUAAGAACAUCUUCGAAUGAAACCUACUCUCUAGUUUUCUCCAAACUCUCCAAACCUUAAAACACACAAAACCUUUUUUCUUCUGACAUUCCCACUUCAAAAAUCCAAUGGCUGCUUUCACUUAUUACAUUGCAGCCAUUCUCCUAAUCCUGCUUCCGGCCGUAACUUUCUCCGACAUCGCCUCUGACCGGGCAGCCCUCUUGGCACUUCGCUCCGCCGUCGGUGGUCGGUCAAACCUAUGGAACAUCUCGGAACCCAACAUCUGUGUCUGGGCCGGCGUUGCUUGUUCCCGGGACCACUCCACCGUCGUAGAACUCCAUCUCCCCGGAGUGGGACUUUCCGGCGUCGUCCCUCCCAAUACUAUUGCCAACCUUACCAACCUUCAAACCCUUAGUCUCCGGUACAAUGCAUUAGUUAGCCCUCUCCCUUCUGAUCUCGGCAAGCUCACCAAUCUCCGGAAUCUUUACCUUCAACACAAUCUUUUCAAUGAAUCAAUCCCUGAUUUUCUCUUCUCUUUCAUCAAUCUUGUAAGGCUGAAUCUCGCAAUGAAUAGCUUUUCAGGGCCUAUCACAACGUCUUUCAAUAAUCUGACUCGAUUAGGAACACUUUAUUUGGAGGAGAACCAGCUUUCCGGCCCACUCCCUGAUUUGAAUAUUCCCGGGUUGGUUCAGUUCAAUGUUUCCAAUAACAAUUUAACCGGUCCGAUUCCGAAAGCCAUUGCCGUCAAGAAUCCAAAGAGUGCAUUUGUGGGGACUUCUCUAUGUGGUCAACCGUUGAAUGAUCUUUGCGAUAAUGGAGUUGGACACGAUGGGGGCAAAAAGAAGAAGAAGAAGCUUUCAGGAGGUGCUAUUGCUGGCAUUGUGAUAGGCUGUGUUGUUGGGGUCCUACUCAUUUUAUUACUUCUCCUUUGCUUGUGUAAAAAGAGGGGAAAUAAAAAUGCUGCCCCUGUUGCAUCAAAGUCUGUUGAGGCCGGAGUUAAGGAAACGGCGGUUGAAAUUCCGAGGGAAAAAUCGGUGGAGAGUGUAGAGAGAGAUGGAUUGGGUGGAGGGUUUGCUGCAAUUGGUGCGAAAAUGAAGGAUAAGGAGAAAGUGGAAGGAGGCAAUGUUGGAGGAAAGAGUUUAGUAUUCUUUGGGAAAACUCCCAAAGCAUUUGAUUUGGACGAUUUAUUGAAGGCUUCUGCUGAAGUCUUGGGGAAGGGGACUUUUGGUACUGCAUACAAGGCAGGGCUUGAGACUGGAAUCACUGUUGCUGUCAAGAGGUUGAGAGACGUCGUUGUAAGUGAGAAGGAGUUUAGAGAAAAGAUGGAUGGAAUUGGGAAGAUGGAUCAUGCAAAUUUGGUGCCUUUGUUGGCUUAUUAUUACAACAGGGAGGAGAAGCUGCUUGUUUAUGAGUAUAUGCCCAUGGGUAGCUUGUCUGCUCUUUUACACGGAAACAAAGGGUCUAGUAGAACACCACUAAACUGGGAAACCAGGGCCAACAUUGCUCUUGGAGCUGCCCGUGGCAUCACAUACCUACAUUCACAGGGCUCUUCUCAUGGAAAUGUCAAAGCAUCAAACAUUCUCCUCACAACAACAUACCAAGCCCGUGUAUCAGAUUUCGGCCUAGCUCCGCUUGUUAGUCCAACCCCGACGCCCAAUCGCGUCGCCGGAUAUAGGGCGCCGGAGGUAACGGAUGCUCGGAAAGUCUCCCAGAAAGCUGAUGUCUACAGCUUUGGUGUAUUGCUAUUAGAAUUGCUGACUGGUAGAGCCCCUACACAUGCGUUGGCCAAUGAGGAGGGAGUUGACCUUCCCAGGUGGGUCCAAUCUGUGGUUCGUGAAGAGUGGACUAAUGAAGUGUUUGACCUUGAACUCUUGAGAUAUCAAAAUGUUGAGGAAGAUAUGGUUCAGCUCUUGCAACUUGGUAUUGACUGCACUGAUAACUACCCUGAUAAACGGCCUUCAAUGCCCGAAGUUACCGAAAAGAUUGAAGAACUCUGCCGGACUUUUAACUCGCAGGAUUCAACGGGAAUCAUGGAAGACGCAUAAGAGAAGUAGUAGGCCUGAUUCUUUUUUUCCUUAAUUCUUCCCCCCUGAUUUGUUAAAGCGCCUUCUUUUCUGCUACUUGAUGUGGUUGUUUAUUCUUGGAAGUUCUUUUCAGUGAGGGUAACUGUGCAUUUCUUCUUCUCAUCAUUCUUCUUUGGAAUUUUUUUUUUUUUUUUUUUUGGGGUGAAUCAGAAUUUUCCCCUGCUUUCUAUUUUUUCAUACAGGCAUUUUAUCUGAGGAUUUUGGACACUUUGGGAUCUGAUUGAAUGUAAAAAAAUAGCUAUCAAAUUCUUGGUUUUGGGCAAAUCAAAGUUGUGUAGUUACAAAUUUCUUUAUCUCAUAUUUUGUUUGGAUGUGCCAGAAAUGAUUAAUAUAUGUGACAGUGACACCAAAGUUCCAGCAAUGCCAUGUGAGUUUAUUCUACAACGUUCUUCUUCUUCGUCAUACAUACAGCACUAGUAGAUUAUUUAGAGACCAAUAACUGCCGACUGUCACUCAAUUUAGGAAUCAACGAAUAGAAUUUAGAACAUGGAGAAAUGAAUAUUCAAUGUUGAGACUUAUUAAUAACUUGCCGGUGGGGGUAAGAAAUUUGGACAGCCUAGCUUUACUCUAAAUUUGGACAAUGGGGACUAGCCUAACAUGUUGUGUUCUCUGUUGAACUACGAC